CGCGGCCAGGCGGCGGUCAGGGCCGGGCGUCAGGCGGCAGCAGUGGAGCACGCAGCCCAGCAGCUCUAAGUUCUAUUCAGAUUGGUGUUUUGCUGGUACCAUGUCCAGUCCGUGGAGCCCUCUGAGUAUUGAGGAAGACGAAGAGAUACAAGAGCUUGGUGCCGAGGAGCAGCAGGUUGGUGAGCAGCUGCGGCAGGGUGAUGGGCAGCAGCAGGAGUUGACAGCUGAUGCAAGAGCACAAGAGACCGGAAUGAAACGUGCAAGAUCAGUGUCCAGUUCAUCUACUAAUCCAUCAAAUUCUCGUAAAUCUGAGGGAAAGAUAAAGGUUGAGGAAAAUGCACCAGGAGCUGCAACAGGAGUGAUUUUGUCUCUUCGUGAAAGUUUACAGGACUGUAAACAAAGCCUUGCAUCUUGCCAGGUGGAACUGGAAGCUGCAAAAUCAGAAAUCGAGAAGUGGCAUUCAGCAUUUCAGAGCAUUCCAGCUGUACCUUCUGGUACCAUUCCAGAUCCUGUUUCAGUGGUGUCUUACCUCAGUACCCUGAAGUCAUCAGAGGAAUCAUUGAAGGAGCAGCUGGAGAAAGCAAAGAAAAGGGAGGCAGCUUUUAUAGUAACAUUUGCAAAACGAGAGCAGGAGAUUGCAGAACUGAAGUCUGCAGUUAGAGAUUUAAAAACACAAUUAAGGCCACCAUCAAUGCAGACAAGGAGAUUAUUGCUUGAUCCAGCAAUUCAUGAGGAAUUUACACGUUUAAAGAAUCUUGUGGAGGAGAAAGAGAAAAAAAUAAAGGAGCUACAGGACAAUGUUGCUGCUGUCAAUUUUACUCCAUCCAGCAAACUGGGGAAAAUGCUAAUGGCUAAAUGUAGAACAUUGCAAGAGGAAAAUGAAGAGAUUGGGACGAUGGCAUCAGAAGGAAAAAUCCAUGAGCUUGGAAUGAAAAUUGCAGUUCUGAAGUCUCAGAACAAUGAGCUCAGGAAUCAAUUUGAUGUUUUGUACAAACACAUGGAUGGUGUAACAAAUGAUGUGGAGAGAUCAAACGAACUGGUGUCCAUCCUGCAAGAGGAGUUAGAAGCUAAGGAUCUAGAGCUGACUAGAUUGAAGGAGGUGCUUGCCCAGAAAGGAGCUACUCAGGACGCACCGGUGGAGACCAGUGACGACGCUGGAAACGGUCAGGAGGCAGAUUCAGAUACACUGCAAGUGAAGGCGGAAAGCUAAGGGAGUUUAGGCUUUGAAGUGUGUUUGUUGGGACUUGUGGGAAAAGUAAUAUCAUGUUAUGCGGUCUCAUAGCAUGUCUAGGUUAUUAUAUAGUAGGGGAAUCACUGCACAAAAACAUCGGCAAACUUUUAUCUAUGAUCGUACAUAUGGCUUUACAAAAGAUUAUUUUGCAUUGUAGACAACACUAUUAUAGUGUGGAUUUUGAAAUUAGAUAUAUAAUAAUAAUA